CCGGUACAGGCCGGUUGAGGGGUCAAUGUGCCACCUUAAUCUCUAGCUAUUGGUGAAAAAUAGAGUGAAUACCAGCUGAUUUUGAUUGACAUUUACCUUCGGAUAAGCUAGACUUUCUAUAAUCAUACCAGUGAGUGUAGCAACAAGGGAAAGAGGGACAAGCUAACAGAGCUAUGCGGGGUUUUACUCUACACAUUUUGACAGGUCGUUCUUGCGUGGAACCGGUUUGUCAAGUAAUCUGAGGCGUCGCUAGCACCAUAGUGAGGCUGGCUAUCGGUAUAAGUCAGCACUCGUUGUCGCCUUGAUUUUUUUCUACCAUGGGUGAUGCUCAGGUAUUCCCGCAUAAUCAACCAGAUGAGUACGUUAGCACUCUGAAACAACUUGAAGCUGCACACGCAGUCCGUAGAUCUGAUGACCACAUUCAAAAGCGGCUGGUGAGGUUCGAAGAUAGAAGGGACACGUCCGUGUUAACAAAUGAAGAAAUCAUCAACCAAGCCAAAGGGCGUCAUCUGCUGCAAUGGCGAGGGAUCCCCCAGCUGAAGUCCACUCGUGAUCUCUGUAUAACUCGACUCAUGCUCCAAGAGAUUAAGCCAUCGACAAUCAUCGAGAUCGGAACGUUCACGGGUGGAAACGCACUCUGGAUGGCGGACCUGAUGAUGAACCAUGGCACCAAAUCACACGUGUACACAAUGGACAUCGACUUGUCUUACGUGCACCCGAUCGUCAAAGAGAGGGACGAUAUUACGGUUAUUCAGGGAGACUGUCAUAAGAUUGAGAAGGCCUUCCCGGUGAAAAUGCUAGAGCGCCUUCCUCAUCCCUGGUACAUAGCGGAGGACGCCCAUUGUAACCUGCCCGCUGUCCUUGGGUACCUUACCAAGUUCACACAUCCGGGAGAUUACCUCGUGGUGGAAGACACGCACCCUGGAAUAUACGUCCAUGCAGGCUUUGGACUGCUGGAAGGACUGGAAUACAAACCCGUUGGUACAAGCAAAAGAGAUGAAUUUAAAGUGUUUAUGGAGAAGCAUGGCUCUAAAUACCGCGUGGACACUGGUUAUACUGAUAUAUUUGGCCACAACGAAAAUAAUGCAAAAACUUUAUCAAAAGGUGUCGGCCGCGAGUUGGAAGAACAAAAACGCGGGAAAAAUUAGACGCAGGGUUCCCAUAUAACGGGACAUGGAACUGCAACUCAAUACUAAGACGCGUAUAGGGUGUCCGGGCUGACCCCUGCAUAAACAAAGAGCAAGUAAAACAAAAGAAUCAGCUAAACAAUAAAAACAACAACUGUUUAAUAUUUCUGGGAAAACAAUAUGUCAAUAAGCUUGACGGCAACAUAAAAAUGAUCAGAGUUUGUAUUCAUAAUAAACAACAGCAACAACAAA